AUGAGACUUUGCGUUGAGGGAGGGUUUCAAGAGCGUAUCGGAACCCUCCACGCCGCCACCACGUCCCCCGGCUUCAUCUUGCCCGAAGGCGAAGGAAACACUGUGAUUUCCUCGAUCACUCCGGCCGUGUACCGGGCUCGCACAAAUGCACUACAGCCCCGUCCCUCCGGCUGCCGGGUUGCUCGGCAGGUCCUCCCAGACGGUAAGGUGCAGGAGGGCAGGCCACACACGUCUAUCCGACUAAUCGCCUACGUUCCGGUGUCCAAGAAUGCGAGUCGAGGCCACAAUAUCGCCGUCCAAGAAUGCGGUGUGGCCCACGCAAAAUCUAACACCUGUUGGAUCAUCCAUCCUUGGUAUGAUUCCGAGACAAGACCUGAGACAACUCAAGAGUUAUAG